UUGGCAGAGGUAACCUUCACAGAGUCAGUUUUUCCACUCUUCUUUGGUUUCUUGGGAUUACUUACUGAUGUACUGAAAAUUCUCUUUAUAGAUUCCAACUGAACAUCUCAUCUGAGUUUCCACUAUAUACCCAGUUUUUCUGUCGUGUCGUCUAUCCUUCCUUCCAUUUCACUUAUCCUCAAGUUUCCUCGUAUUUCCCGUAUUCGAUUUUUGCAUCGAUACUGACAAUAGGAGGACUAAUAGGUGCAUUGUGCAGCGGGAAAAUAGCUGAUCUAAUCGGACGAAGGGGCUAUGUGGGCAACGGAUGUACUAUCCCUUCUUGGUUGGCUUUUUAUAUUUUGCUCACAGAAUGCCCGGAUGCUGGAUAUCGGAAGACUGUCUUUGGGAUUUGGAGCAGGGGUCGCUACUUACUCGGGGUCAGUUUAUUUGGCAUAAAUUUCUCCGAAAAACCUGCGAGGAGCAUUGCUUUCUGCUAAUAUGCUCACAAUGGCUUGCGGUGUAUCGAUCAUGUUCAUCAUUGGUCCUGUACUGUACUGGCGGUUGUUGGCUCUAAUAGGAAUGGCUCCAUGUCUACUGCAGCUUCUAGGUCUCUUUUUUGUCCCUGAAUCUCCUAGGUGGCUGGCAAAUAUGGGUCGACGGAAAGAGGCAGAAGGUGCAUUACAGCGCCUUUGGGGAAGGAAUGCUGACAUUUCUAAAGAAGCAGCCGAAAUCGAAGUAACCCACUUCGUGAAGAUUGAUUUAUCCACGGAUGAACAUGUUUAUAUAUAUAUAUAUUUUUUUUUCCUUGUCAGGCCUAUACUGCAAGCCUUCAAGAGCUGUCACAGGACUGAUUCCUCGACUUAUUUCAGCAAAAAUAUGCACGUUCACUUGUUGUGCAUCAGCCACAGCUGGAUCUACAACUCAUGCCAUAAUUCAGCUGAUAGUAAUCAUCCUGGCUAUAUUCUUAAUGGACAAAUUCGGAAGACAACCCCUACUACUGGUCAGAAGCAAGCAUCUAAUCACGUUUUUGCUUCACAAAGUCACAGCUGGCAAGUUGGAACUCAAGCCGAUAAAUUCCAUCUAUGUAGGUGGCAGUCCUUGGAUCAUGCUUUGGCAAUAUCCUCACAGGAUUCUCAUUCUUGUUGCAGGUUCGUCACAAUAGAAGUUGUAAUGUUGUUGAUACGUGGUUUCUUGUGUUUGUUUGUCAAAUUUUCCGCCCCCGCUUCCAAUGUGAUAUGCAGGAUCUUCACCGGUGGAGCAAUGCUAUUCCCACUCUGGCGUUCCUUGGCGUAUGGUGGAUCUUAUUCGCUAGGCCUGGGAGGGAUACCAUGGGUUAUGAUGUCAGAGAUAUUUCCUGUAAACCUGAUGGGCUCAGCCAGCAGCAUCGUGAACUUGGUCAGUUGGGGCGGUUCAUGGGUCGUGGCGUAUACCUUCAAUGGUUUCUUCCUGUGGAGCUCAGCAGGCGUGUUUUUCUUUUAUGCGAGUGUCUGCUUGUUCGGGACAAUCUUUGUUGUGAAAAUGGUACCGGAAACGAAGGGGCAAACAAUGGAAGACGUACAAGCUUCUAUGAACCAGUAACCCUCACAAGACAGAUUGUAAAUUACCUGCACGAUCUAUUGCAGUGGUAAUACCAGGCAUGCUCUUACAUGUUCUCCGUAGUGAGUAGUGAGAAGGCCAAUACCACGUACUUCGGAUAAUAUGUCAAGGGUCCACUAGAUAUGUUAUCUUUCAUUGACGAGUUAGGAACAUCUUUAAGAGAGGAAAAGGGUAGGAAAACAACGAUCUAGAUGGCACAUUUGAAUUAUGUGUGGCAAAGGACAGAACAAGAGACAACGUUGAUGUUAACCUUGCUAUGGUUGUAUUCGGGCCUGUUCGAGUGUAUUUGCUUUUGCCAUGUGGAGAAAUCUUCAUGCUACAUGUGGCUGAUUCAAUUCACUUUUUCUUUGUAUAUGAUACAGCAGCUUCAUGGAAAUUUAUCUGGUCUGCAUAACAAGUUUCUACCAUGGAACCUCUGCAGACAUCAAAAUAUUGUCCGUGCCAAUAAUUCGAAUGUGAUUUCUGUAAGGAUCACACAACUUCUCUAGAUUUCAUCAAAUUACUGCUGCCAAGAUCAAGUUUAGUGGAUCAUUUGUCUGAACCAGAAUCAAAACUCUCCUUCUGGCUCAAUUCUGGGUGAAUAAGAAACUUGAUCUGCAGUUUAUAUAUUA